CAGUGCGCAUGCUUGAAAUUUAGCGGGAAAUACCAAACAGUUUUAUUUUUCGUAUAGUUUAUUAAUGUCUUGAUGUUUCGUUAAUAUUUACAUUGUACAACACAGAUGUGUACAUAAUUUUUGACACCUGAUUGUAGCCCAGUGAUGAUGGACAGCGAAAUGUCGCAGACGCUCAAUAUGAGCACUGAUGUGGAAAUGUCCAAGGAAGAAAACAGUGAAAAGGAUUCUGGUAUUGAAGAAGUUUCACCACAACACAAAACACUGUCAUUUACUGAAGAGAGUGACAGUGAAGACGACUUCUGUGCCAAGUUUUCUCGGAAACAGACUGCUGUUAUUGUUGAUGAUGAUGAUGAUAGUGAUGGUGAUGACAAUGCUGCUGUUACUGACAAUAACAACAAUCAUAGAAAUACUGUUAGAGAACCUGUUCGAAACGUACUUCUUCCAGAUAUUGAAUAUGGAUCCCUUGAAAUAUUGGAGAACGAAAACAUUGAGACUGAUGAUGAUGAUGAUGAUGAUGACGACGAUGACAAGAAAUUUAAUAUUAUCAAACGGAAAAAGACAUCAUCACAGAAAAAAGCCAAGGACAGUUUCCAUGACAAUGUGUUUAGUAACAGCCAUGAAAAGAACAGUGAUAGUAGUGGUGAUGAAAUAGGACAGAAGGAGGAUAGUGAUAUGGGCAGCGACAGCAAUGGAGAUGAUGAUGAUGAAGGUUUCAGUGCAAUUAAGCUAACAGCAAAACUGAAGGCUAAACUGAAAAAGGGUGCUACCAAACAACCACGGAAAGAAAGAGCCUCAAAGACUAAGGCAAAGAAUGAUCUACUUGAGCUUCAUAGUGAGACACAGCGCCUCAUUAGAGAAUCGAAUGUCAACCUUCCAUACCAUCAGCCAGUUUCAAAGUCCCUCAAUGUCUUUCUGAAUCGAGCUGCCCGCAAACAGCAACAGUACCGGGCUUUGCAUUCAUGUGCAGCUAAUGAGAAACUGAAAGUAAAGUUUGUCCAAGACACUAUUGAGAAUGACUCAGUUAUGUUCAAAUCUGUCUCCUAUGCUGAAAACAUUGACUCGUUAUUGAAAGAAACUGAAUCAGUUGAUGAUAGCAAUGAGGCCAGUGAACAGUCUAAGACAACAGAUGGUAGUGUGUCUUGUCAGGGAGUUUCUUCCUUAUCUUUUACUGGCAUCAAAGACUUGGAGCCUUCAGUGAACAAUAAACAGGGUGAAAAAUCUAUAGAUUGUGAUGAUGGUGAUGAACUGGAUGAGUUACCAAGUCUUUUUGUCAGGGCCAAAAAUCUGUUAUCGAAAAAUACAGAAGACGACUCUAACCACCUCCCUGAUAUUCCUGUUGAUUCAGAAAACAUUUCAUUCGACCAUAGCCAGACAUUGGUAGAUAAGGUUGUUGAAGAAGAAGAAGAAUGUAAUAACAAUAAUGGAGAUGGCAUUGAUGAUGGUUGUAAAGAUAGUAAUGUUAAUAGAGAGCAGAUUGCAUCAAGUAGUAAACCAAUGGACAGUAGCACUAAUAACAAUUCUGGCUGGGUUGUGGACAGUAAUGGUAUGAUGCAAACUGAUGACUCUUUCAUGGAUGAAUUGCUGUGUUCAGAUCUUAACAGUCAGGCCCAGACAGCAUACACCCCAUCACUUCAAAUACAGACUCAAGCGCCACUUUCUGCUGAGCUAGUUGCAACAACAACAACAACACCACUACCACCAACAGCAGCAGCAGCAGUAGUAACAACAAAAAGCCAGGCAACAGAAUCAUCAUUAGAUACAGAGAUUGUUCCGAGUAGGAGAGAGACCAGCCAAAAGUCAAUGAAAAGGUGCCUGCCUUUAGAAUUGCUUGACCCUGAUGUUUGCAGCUUCACUCCAAAGCUGAGUGGUAGUUUGACCCAAGCUAUCAAUUUGGAUGAUGAGGAUGAAGUUGAACAACCUCAUGGUACUGAUCUACUCAUGCAGAGAUUAUUAAAGAGCACCAAUGUCAAUAAGGGGCGGAAACAAAACACAGAAGUUAAUAUCAGUAUUGUUGAGAAAGAAUGCGAUGAUAAUCAGAAAGAAAAUCUAAAGUUGUCUACUGUUACAUAUCACAUGGAUACUGAACUCAGUCAGCAAAAUGAACUCCAGUUAGACAAACCUGGUUCCAAACUGAUGGCUCUCAAGAACCACCUGGUAAAGCAGAUUUGGAUAAAACGAGGAGAAAAUAGAAAGAAGCGCUGUGAUCUGUAUAAGUUAGAUAAUGAAGAGGUUUAUGAUAACCUGAAGGAUGAUGAGGAAGAAGCUGAACUGACAGACGGUUCUGAUUCUGUAGACUCUGAAACUGAAGACAAAGGAGAAGAGGAAGAAGGGGAUGAAGAAUAUGAUGAUGAUGAAGAAGAAGAAAUGCUAAGUUACAAAGAAAAGCGGAAACCAAAAAAUGCCUUUGUUGAUGAAGAAGCUGAAGAAGAAGAUGACUAUGAAGGAGAAGAUGAAGAUGAUGACGAUGAUGAAGAAGGUGACAGGGAGCAGUUUGAAAAAGAACCGAAAAUCAAAAACAACAACGAUAAUGAUAGUGCUGAUGACAGUUUUGACUUCAAUCUUGACCAGUCUGAUGAGGAUUCUGAUGUACCAAUUAGCCAAAACCUAAGUAAAAAGAGAAAAGCUCGACUUGAAGAAGAUGAUGAUGAUAAUGAUGAUGAUGCUGAUGAGAAAACGAACAUCAUGAAUGACCAUUUUGUUAUAAAGAAGCCUAAUGAUUCUGGCAAACCUCUCUUUCCCAAAACCCCUUCAGAUGUUUCAUGCAAAAGUUUAAAUAUUUCGGCUGAAGAUACUCAGGAUUUAUACAAGAGUUUUGGUGAUUUCCAAUCUCCAGAAAUGGAUUCAAACAGCUUGAAGUUUCCUAUUGAUUCCCAGGCAUCACCUAUGCUGGAUGAACAAGGAUUUCUGCGAGUUAAGUCUUUGGGUGUGACGACCCACCAGCCUAAGCGUUCAGCACUGGACUCAUUGUGUGAUACUCAGGACAAUAUGGAUGAUGUUAUUGGAUUAUGCUCUGGACAGUUUGCAGAAGCCGCUGAAGAACGAACCAAAUCGUGCCGAACUCUUUUCAAUGACAGUAUUAACUUUAACUCACAGUUUCCACUCAGUGGAAAAUUCUCCUGGAACAAGAAACCCGAAAAUAAAUAUUUCAGUGUGGAUGGUGAUGGUGAAGGCUUUGGAACUUUGAAGUUACUGUCUGAUGAUGAAGAUAGCAAUCGUGGAAGUGGCAAGGAAGAUGACAAUGACACCGAUGUUCUUAAUGAAAGUGAUGAUGAUGACGACAAUGGUUUCAAUGUUGGUGGUGGUGGGGGUGACGAUGAUGCUAGUAUUGAUGAUGUAAACUCUGAGAAGGAAGAGGAUGAAAAUGGCAGCACACAAAAAUUCUCAGGAUUCACAUAUGGAAAUACAUCUAGGAAAAUCAGAAGGGAAUUUUUGGAAGAUGAAGCUGAACUCUCAGGGAGUGAAUAUGACAGUGAUGAGAAUGACAAUCUGGAUGAUGAAUUUGACGUGAUGGAAGAGGAGGAGGGUGACAAAGACAUCACACUUGAUAAUGAUGAGCUUCGUAACCAGGUCGGCAGAGUGCAUCUUAAGAACAUGAUUGAUGAUGAUAAACGGGAAGUGAUGAAAUUGCAAGAGAUGUACCUUCCUGAUGGUGACCUCUAUUCUGAAGGGGCGGGCAGAAAACGGCAGUUCAGAUGGAAAUACAUUGAUGAAAACUCACAGCAAGAUAUGUUCCAUCAUGAAUCGGAUAAGGAAGAAAAUGAGGAAGAAGAAGGAGAUGAUCUGAAGUGGAGAGUUGAGAGACACAACCGUGAGAAAUGGUUGGCUGAAAAUGCACCUGAAAAAACUGAAACAGAUUCCCAAUUUCUUAAAUUCGGUCAAGUGUUUGUUAAACAGAAAGGAAAACAGCUUGAUAAAAAAAACAGUGAAUCAAAGAUUGUCACCAAAGUACCGAACCGAACAGUAGCAAGAAGCAGGAGUUUAACAACCAAGGGUUCAUUCCUCAACCGAAGCAAUGACUGCCUGGCCAAAAUUGCAGAGCUAACCAAACCUGCCUCCAAUCCAACCAUAGGCAAUAAAGUCAAUGGCCGUAAUUUUGUCUUCUCUGUGGUCAAUCCCGAAGAAACUUCAACCCCUGGUCCUAAAUCUGUGAAAAACAAAGCCAACACCACUCCAAAUACUCAACCAACCAAGAAGCAAAAAGUUGAAGUUGUGAAGAGGUCAUUUUCUGCAUCCAGUGUUUUCCAUCACAUUGAUUAAUAGAAGUGAUUCUAAGAAUCUUACUGUCUUCUGUCGUGUCAGUUUUGGAUCUGCUUCUGUAUUAACUCGUUGAUUUAUGGAUCCAUUUCUGUAUCAACUCAUCAAUCCAAUUUCAUUUCAUUUCAUUUCAUUUUAUAGAUUAAUUAAAGAAGACUAUACUUGUUGAUAUGUUGGGGUAGGGAGAUGGGGAUGCUGUGAAGUAGAAGACACCUGGAUUAUUCCUACUUUACUGCAGGUUAUUAAAAUAUAUGUCUGUGUUCUGGAUUGCUGAAAUUUUUUAGAUGUUUCUCUCCAUCUUGGUUUUCUGUGAGGUGAAAGAGAGGACAACUUAACUGUUGAUUGUAUGCUAUUUAAGAAGAUUAAAAAUAUAUUUCUCUCCAUACGUUAUAUAUAAUAAAUAUAUCUAUCAUUGG